AUGUCAUCAUCAUACACUGCAUGUGCGGCAUGCAAGUUUCUCCGGCGAAAGUGCACACAGGAGUGCGUGUUUGCGCCAUAUUUUCCGCCCGAUAACCCUGAGAAAUUCAAUAGUGUUCAUAAAGUCUUCGGCGCCAGUAAUGUUUCAAAGCUCCUCAAUGAAAUCAAUCCCAGCCAGCGCGAGGAUGCCGUAAAUUCCUUAGCCUAUGAGGCGGCGUAUCGCCUUCGUGAUCCGGUGUAUGGCUGUGUUGGCCUUAUUACCAUGUUGCAUCACAAUCUCAGGCAAGUGCAGCAUGAUUUGUACAACGCCAAAAAUGAAUUGGCUCAAUAUAUUGGGCCUUCUGAGAUGUUGCCAAAUAUGAACCAAUCAGGAAUUAUGCAUCAGCAUCCAAACUUUGGGGCCUCGUCGUAUCAGGUGAUGCCGUAUAAUAUGCAGAUAAUGACAGGUCAGCCGGUGGGACUUCCACACGGGGCGCUGGUGAUCCGGGACCCUCAGCAGCUGCCACCGCCACAGCAGCAGCCACCUCCACAGCAGCAACAGAUUCUAGAGGCACAGCAGUUAGCUCUUCUGGCGGCCGCCAGGGAGCAGGAGAUGUUUAGGAAUUAUGAGCAGCAGCAACACCAGCAGCAGAAUGAUUUAGUGAGAUUUAACAAUGGCUUUGAUACUGCAGUAGGGACUGUCACCGCCACAGGAUUUAAUCAAAUGAUUCCGGCCACUGCUGCCGCCCACAUGCCGCCUGCCUUGGCCUUGGGUUCUUAUGAAGGCAACCCUUACGGUCAUCACAUUCAGCAGCAGGCGGUGGAACAGUCACAUUAUCAUCACCCUCGCCAGCUCGAGCUUUUUCCACGCGAACUUUUACCCCAGCAACAACAGCAACAGAAUGCUACUCUUCAUCAUCAGGCACAGCAACUUCGAACAUCACAGCCACAGAGAGCGAGUAGGGAAGAGGGCGGGAGUUUUGAUCCUUGA